AUGGCCAGGUUCACGGCCGCUGCCGCCUUUGCGGCGCUUCUGACUACCGCUUCCGCCUCCCUCGUCGCACGACAGACGGCUGCUGCCACCACCUCUGCCGCUGCCGCCGGCCCCGAUCCCACCGCCAUCUCGCAGUGUUCCGUUUCCUCGUCUACCCAGAUCUGCAAGGCCGGAACCACCGAGUUCAGAGUCGUCUCUACCCCCACCGGCACUUUGCCCAGCUCCUACACAGGAUGCCACAAGCAUGCCACCGACACAUACUGCUUCUUCGGCGAUGGAGAGGUGCAAAUCCUGCCCGCCGGCGCAGCCGCAGCCACCGCCACCGCCGCCGCCUCGACGACGGCUGCCGCCGCCGUGACCGGCGCCCCCACUGCCGUCUCUGACUGCCAUCUUCACGGAGUCACCGUCUUCUGCAUGUGGGGUACCUCGGAGUACCAGGUCAUGACCACACCCACCAACACCGCCGCCUCGGCCAUCCCUACCGCCUUCACUGACUGCCACGCCCACGGGGCCGACACGUACUGCAUCGCCCCCAACGGCGACGACGUCGAGAUCGUCGCCGAGGGCGCCGAGUCCUCUGACGCCGGCUCCGGCACCGGCUCCGAGGAGCCUCAGGGCGAGAACUGCCACUUCCACGCCGGUGUCGAGCACUGUGUCGGCGCGGGCGAGAGCGAGAGCGGCGGCACGCGGAACUGCGCGAAGGUCGACCGCGACUACAACAUCCCCCUUCGUAUCGGCCUCAUCUUCGUCAUCCUCGUUACCAGCGCCUUUGGCGUCUACUUCCCCAUCUUCAUGAUCAACUGGAUGCCCACCAAGACGCACACCAUCUUCCUCAUCCUCAAGCAGUUCGGCACCGGCAUCAUCAUCUCCACCGCCUUUGUCCACCUCUACACCCACGCCCAGCUCAUGUUUGGCAACGAGUGCCUGGGCGCCCUCGAGUACGAGGGCACGACGUCGGCCAUCGUCAUGGCCGGCAUCUUCCUUUCCUUCCUGGUUGAGUACAUUGGAAAGCGCAUGGUUAUGAAGAAGAUGGCCAGCAACCCGACCGCCACCACCCGCUUCUCCCCUGAGACCGUUUCCGUCCUGGUCCUCGAAUGCGGAAUCAUCUUCCACUCGAUCCUCAUCGGAAUCACCCUUGUCGUCGCUGGCGACACCUUUUUCAUCACCCUCUUCGUUGUCAUCCUCUUCCACCAGAUGUUCGAGGGUAUCGCCCUCGGAACCCGCAUCGCCCAGCUCGGUCAGCUGACCCCGACGGAAAACGCCGUGAGGCCGACGGAAAAGGCCGUGAGCCCGACGACGGCCGUCGAGGUCGGGCAGACGUCGUCCGCUCCCAACAGCUUCAACUCGCUCAAAGCGCCCGACUUCUCCCUCGUCAAGAAGCUUCUCAUCGCCACCCCCUUCGCCCUCGUCACCCCCAUCGGCAUGGCCAUCGGCAUUGGCGUUUUGCAGCAUUUCAACGGCAAUGACCGUGAGACCAUCAUCGCCAUCGGCACCCUCGACGCCCUGUCCGCCGGUAUCCUCGUCUGGGUCGGCGUUGUCGAGAUGUGGGCCGAGGACUGGAUGCACGCCGACGCCGAGCUCCUCCGCACCGGGCCCGUCGUCACCUUCCUGGCCGGCCUCGGUCUCGUUUCCGGCAUGAUCAUCAUGAGCGUGCUCGGCAAGUGGGCUUAA